AUGCUGUAUGACAUCGAUGCACAUGCUCAAGUAAUGGGUCAGAGCCGCGCACGCUUCGUGCCUGUUGCACGCGUAUGGAUUCCCCUCAUUGCUUGUGAGCUCACUGUGCCGAUUCUCCCUUUGCAUGGCGGAAGCGAUGUACUGGGCAUGUGUCAAAUCCAAGUCACCUGGCUUGCGCAGCAUCGUGCCUGUCGUAUCAAAAUUAGCGAUGUUCAUGGAUUGUCGUCAAAUGACUUGAACGUCGUGCACUGGCAGCUCCGGUUGGGCUCUCACACGUAUGCGACGCAGCCUGUUGACUUGCAUUGGCAAGACCCACAAGCGACUUGCAUGCAGCAUACAUGGAAGCACGCGUGUUGCAAGGAAUGGCCCGAUGCAGUUGUUGCGACGCUUUUCGCUCAACCCACACGGACUUUUCUUACAAAAAUCGAGGCACAAGACCAGAGGAUCGAGCUCGAAGCUUUGCGGAGUCAAGUGUCAGCGCAUGCAGCUCAGGAUCUUGCGCAAGUUAUGUGUGAUGAUGAGGAUAAGACUGAAAGCAAUGACAUUCGUCCGCGGCAUGGCUCCUUUGCAGGUAGCUCGUGUCGCAAACACGAGCGACAUCGUCGCUGGGAACAGUGUUACGGAGUGUCCAUGCGGAUCCACCUCCAAGAAGAAUCUACGUGGUUGAAUCUACAGCAACAAUGCAUUGUUCCCUUGCAACAUCAUUCACGUCAUCCAUGCUCAGUGCCAUCCUGGCUUCUUCGCGAUGCACCAGCGCACCUGGUGUGCGUCACACUUACAAAGCCGGCUACGGGAACUGUGCCCUGGACGCACAUUAAGCGGGCGCGGAUGGGAAACGUUUCGCUUGUCGAUGCGCGUGGCAAGGAGCGUGGACAUGAUGCUCGCUUCGUACCUCUGCAGCGUGUGGGAGUAUCGACGACGACGACGAGUGACCAGUGUUUGUGCUUGCAGCUGCUGUGGCACAGAGCAACGCAUGAUGUACCCGAGCCUCGAGCUUACUUGGAUACGUGGCAUGCGACGCUAUGUGUUGACGUUGCUCACGACUGGGGUAUGCCUACUCUCACAUUCACAACACAUGUGCAGCUCAAAUGGCAACGUGUGCAGGGUACUGUUCCAGCCAUGUGGGAUUUGACACUCUGUGCAGGCGAGCAUGUCAUGUACACGCACUAUUGCGUGCGUUGGACUCCCACUCGUGCCCACCGUCUUGAGGAUCUCUGGCGCGUAGACACACGGACUAUUCAAAUGCCUGGCAGUCGCCUUUUGGGCUCCUCGUGGCACGUCCGUGGCUUGUCGCUCGUGCGUGACUACCUCGCCGAACUAAUAUGGGCACGCCGUCUUUUACAUGCCCUGUGGCGUGGCAAGCCAGAAGAAGUACCUCGGUGGGAACCGGUCCAGCAUGGCCGUGGGGAAAACAACAACGAUUCAUUCGCGAUGCUCCGUGCGCAUUGGCGUGGCCUAAGCGCGGCAAAAAGCGAGGCGUUUGUCGGAUCGGCCGAAAUCGCCGAUACCUCUGUGUGCACGAUGCGUGGACCGCUCACGAUUCAGACCGAUACCAGGAACGAUGUGUGGAGCCAAGUCUGGUGCGAAUUGCGAGGGUACGUGGGAAAAGAACGAUUCGGCUAUGGUUGCUAA